UAGAAGCGAGAUCGCCUGCUUAAAUGCGCAGGUUUAUCUGAUUGUCUUUAGUGGGAGCGCACGAGAUGCUCCUGAACGCAGUGUGACCGUAUUAAACCCGCGAAAAGCGUCUCCGAGGAGCAGCGACAAGCGAACAGUCCUAAGAGAAAUAUAUCACAUAAAAAGACUGAUACACCAACAAAGAAAGUUUAAUUUUGUUUAAAAACAACCAACCGAACUAUGGCGCUAUUCCUCGGUCUAGAUUUUUCGUACGUCUUGCCUGCUGUUCUGUUCACGCUGCUUGCUGUUAUUCUGGGAUCUUCGUUCUUCAAGAAGCCAAAACCGUCCAAAAAGAAGGAAGACGAUGCUGCUCGGGUGGAACGCACUGAAAAAGUCGAGCAUUUCCAGCCUAAAGUGGAGCUACCUGAAGUGGCGCCCAUUGUAGAACAUAAGGAGGAGAAGGUUGAGCAGAAAGAGGCUGAAAGUGUGGCCGUGGCCCCGGUGGUUGAAGAGAUGGGGGUCGUAGAGGAACAGCCCGAAACCACAGAAAUCCAGGAACCUGCCCCAGAACCAGAACCGGAACCAGAACCGGAGGCGGAGCCUGAGCCGACCCCCAAACCCGCCCCGGAAGAGGAACCUGUUCCUGAACUCAUCCCGGGAGACAUCGAGGACAUCGAGCCCGAAUCCCUGGACAAACCCCAACCGGAGGAGGAGCCCGUCGCUGAGACAGAGCAUAACGGUAUGGUGCACGACUUGUCCCCAAAGUACAGCCCUGGGAAGAAGAGGACCACCCAGUUUGAAGAGAUGAUGACCAAGGAGGAGCUGGAGGAAGAGCAGAGGGUGCAGCAGGAGCAGCUGGCUGCAAUCUUUCAGCUACUGAGGGAAAACCAGGAGACAUUCGGCGAGGUGACUGAGGGGGACGUGGAGGAGCAGCUGAAACUGUACUCCAUUUAGAGAGGGGAGCCCCCAGACAGACUGCAAGGGGGGGGGGGGGGGCUGACUGUCCUCCUGUCUCAGCUGUGUUCUCAUUGGGACAGCUCCCCUCUCCUUAUUUGGACUGCUCUCCAUGGCGACGAGCCAGAUGACAUAAUGGACUGAAUGUGAAAAACAGAUGUGAUCUUGUCCAGUUUAGAACAGCUCAGAUUACGGUUUGGAGUCAUCAGAGGCCCAGGUGCAAGCAGAAGAGCACAGGUUUCACGGCAAUACCUUCACAGCAAUACCUUCUACACAAUUUCUAAUUAAAUGACGACCCUGGUGAGAGAUUUUAAUGCCCCACGCAGUAAAUUUGGUUGAGAAUCGACAACGAUUACGAGAUUGCCAACAAAUGGCACUCAGAGUUCUUAACGUCUUGGACUGGCAUCUUGGUAACCUGGGAAUCAACUUUCCUCAGCCUUCUAAGCCCUUGGUUCACAUAACACGGCUGUGGCAGCUAGGCAUGGUUUAUAUGGUGUACUGUUAGCUAAUUAUUCCUUUCCAUAUCAUAACUGAGGAGUGGGUGAUCAGUUUGUUUCCAUGGUGAAUUGUGCAAGAACUACAGAUACUCUGAUAUCAAACACAGGCUGAAAUGCGGAAGACGGAAGACGAACGAGGAAGUAGUGUCGUUCCUUCAGUGCUUUUCGAGAGGCUCUUUAUUGUUACUUUUUCUAUUAGCAACUGAAAUGACUGUGAGCGUUGAAGGGCAAUCACCGGUGGUCCUGUGGGGCACCUGGCAGUCCACCGUAGAUACUGUGCCAUUGGCACGGUGUUACAAAACCAUUCACUUCAUUACAAACAGCAGGCAGACGCUCUUACCCAGAGCCACACGCAGCAGUGCAGAACAGCAGUGUUACUGUUAGGAACACAGAGAUGCAGUAACACGGUCUUUGUACUGUAACUGUAGAGCCAGGAGACAGAUAAGCCCUUUACAAACUGUGCUUAUGGCCUACACCCAGCUCUCUACCUCCCUGGACACACCCAUCCCAUUUAUUCCUGUCCUCCUGUCAAUCAUGCCUGUGUUCCCACAUAAAAGCGGCACUGUUUACACAUGGUAAUUUAUGUAACCUGGAGGGGGUUAUCCAAAUAUGUUAAGUUCACAGAAGCCACCGUGUUUUAAUGUAUCCAUGUGGCUAUGGUGAUCUAUCAUUUCAGAAAUUAUGUCUGGUGCUCGUUCACAUGCGACACUGUGGAAUAUGGAAAUAAACUCCCUUAAUGUGGAA